AUGGCGGGGUCAUCACAUAACAUCUACGCAAGAUCUCCAAUUCCGUCUACAGCAUCCUAUGACUCCUCUUCAGUGUCAUCUGCCGCUUCACCUCGAAUGCAAGGGGGAUAUGAUGGAGGACUAAUGGGAGCUUCUUCCAGAGGAAUGGGUGGACAUCCGCAACAUAUUAAUCUUCCGUUAAGUCACAGUGCUUUUCAAAACCCGUAUGGUCCAUCUACCACUUCGCCGGGACCUCCAGGAAUGGAAUCGAUGGCCGCCUCAACUGGCUCUUCGAGCGGAACGCCAGGAGUCUCAAGUGCGCAGAUGUCCUCCGCGAACCUUCAAGCACAGAAGAGGGCAUACAGACAAAGGAGAAAAGAUCCCAGUUGCGACGCUUGUCGAGAACGCAAAGUGAAAUGCGACGCGACAGAGACAACAAGUUGUUCGGAAUGCUCAAGUCGCAAUGUAAAAUGUCAGUUUACCAAAGAAACCAACCGAAGGAUGUCUUCAAUCAAGCAGGUCCAAGACCUGGAGAAGCAAAUAACUCAGGUGAAGAGGGAGAAUUCGCAUCUGCGGUCGUUGCUGAACGCGAGGGAGUCUGAACUCAUGGCGAGCGGGGAAGCUCAACAGCCAUCAUUGAAACUUCCUGAGAUCGGAUCACAUCCCAAACAACGUCCCCGACCUCCACCACCUCACGAUCUCUCCCGUGUGCGGUCCAACAUCAGAAAUUUCGGCCGUGGAAUAUUCAAGCCCCCAGCUCUAUACCGACAGAUAGGAGCGCAAGGACACUUCAAUCCUCCGCGACCAGAUCUACCCCCAAAAUUUGUGGCAGACCAUCUUCUCAAGUCCUACUACUCAUCAAUGCAUUUGAUCAUCCCGAUUCUCCAUUGGCCUACUUUUGAGCAAGAGUAUGAAGCAGUUUAUAAAGCUGGUAGUCUCCAUGGAGUGCCCCCUGUUUGGAGUUCGCUUUUGUUUGCAGUCUUCGCGGUCGGUGUGCUUUUUAGUUCGGAUUCCAGCAUACGGCGCCCUCAGCAAGGCAAAGAUUUUAUUGAAGUAUCUAGGACUCUGAUCGAUAUGUGGAACGACGAUUUUGUCAUCGAUCAUGCAAAAACAGCCAUUUUAACCAGCAUUUUUCUCACAGAAAUGAACUUGAAAUCAGCAGCUUGGACUUGGCUUGCUUCUGCUGUACGAAUUUCGCAAGACAUUGGAUUACACUGCGAGACAGGACCGUGGCCUAUGAUCGAGGGAGAGAUGCGACGACGGGUAUGGUGGGGUAUAUAUGUUUGGGAUCGCCACAUGUCUCUUGAGCUUGGAAAGCCACUGCUGAUUGAAGACGGGGACUGCGAUGCGGGUAUACCGGCAGCUAUCGAUGACCACUGGAUACAUGAUGCUGGCAUAAUGGUCCCGACAGGCGCAUCUCCCCUGACGAAUUUUGUUCUUCCUAUAAUUCAUGUCGUACGUUCUGUCUCGCAGCUUAUCAAAACACUAAAGUUACCGAUCAUCUCUUUAACCACCCUCGCUACCUUCGACACGCAUUUCAAUUCCUGCAUGUCCGCUUUUCCACCCGAAUGUCAACCCACAGCGCAAGAACCGCUCAAUCCAAUAAUGCUAGCACCGAUAUGCUACCUGAUGAAUGCUCGACUGGUCUUGCAUAGACAUAAUCUCACUACCUCAUGUCCGCCAGAAGUACGAAGCAACGCCAUUGAAAAAUGUAUAAGAGUCGCCCUCGACUCUAUGAAACUUUUUGCUCGAGCCAUGACGUUUCCAGCCUCUCCGACCCCUGAGAUACCGCUUUUCGGGUCCACUGCUAACGCGCUGACCUGCACGCAUAUCUGGCGCUGUACUCUGAUCCUCCUCUUUGCUAGCCAACUGGAUGCGGCACUGACGUGUAUCAGGGCGUCUAGCAUCAUAGCCACGCUUCGAGACGUCAAUGUGGCCUGUGGGCGCAACAUCGCAUUCUUCCUCGACGUUCUCAUCGAAAAACGGCGCAGUGGAGGCUCUGCUGGGUUUGGUGGUCCAAGUAAUGGGCGUGAAAUAGAUGAGGAGCUCAUUGCGUACGUUUCAGGAGAUUUACAAGCCAGUACCGAAAAUAGCUGGGUUUGGACCGGCGGCGAGACUGGCAUGGAUAUUGCUGCGAACAUUGGGACGAAAGGUCUUAGUCCUACUUUACAUCGGGGUGGGAACGAGAAUGGGACGGCCAUAUUGAGUGAUGUAGAGGCUAGGGACUGGGGUGGCUGGGAAAGAGUUGAAUACUUACUCAGUAUAUUGGCUAGGGAGUCAGGAAGUGCCUAUCAACAAGCGGGUUUUAGAGGAGUGCAGGGAGCGCCGCCACGAGGAGACAGUGGGAGGGAAAGAGGUAAAGGUAAUGAGAGGAUGAGCAUUACGAAUAUCAUUUAA